AUGAAACCCUGCCUAAAACGUGCAGAGCGGAAAAUGCGUAUCGAAAAGGCCCAAGAAUACGGUGCCACCGUUGUUUUUACUUUUUCGAACACAGUAACCCAUAUCAUCGCGGAUAAAGAUAUUAAAUACAACGAAAUCCUCGAGUUCCUACAAUUAACAGAAAUACCGGAAGGUAUCGCUGUUACGAAUCCCAGAUGGCCGGGAGAUUGUAUCAGAUAUGGGAAAUUGGUUGAUCCAAAGGAUUUUUGGUACCAAGUACCCGGUUGUCCUACCGAAAGCCAACAACGGAACCCUCUGCAAGACGCUCCAAUAUCUGAACCCAUUGGUGGCCAUUCAUCACUUCCCUCCUCCCCACCUUCAUCCCUCCAAGUCCAACCCCGUCCACCGCCCAAGCAGCAACCAGAAACCCCUACAAACUCCCAAAAGGAUGCUUUAGACGAAGCAAUAGAAGAAUGCCUCACUACAACUCCCAUAAAUAUCGAAGACUUCCUCGGCUCCUCUUCAUCAUCUGACACCGAAUCCUCACCCGAAUCCUCCCCAAAACGUCGCAAAAAGGCUUCUUCUUCUUCGUCUAAUUCAGCGAGAGACUGGCAAUCCCACUUCCAAUGCAUGCACAAACACACUGGCGCUCUCAAUCCUGAAAACCCUAAUUCUCGCACCAUUCAAAUCCUCGAAGAGAUGAUGCAAAUAUAUGAUUCCCUGAAGGACCAAUGGCGUACUCGAUCCUACAGAAUCGCAAUCUCAACCCUAAAAUCUUCAAACACCACUUACAUUUCCACAUACGAACAAGCAAUCUCCCUCCCAGGCGUAGGUGACCGUCUGGCCAAGAAAAUAGUGGAAAUAGUAUCAACAGACAGAUUGCAACGACUAGAAUACGCGAAACUAGACCCUAAAGAUCAAAUACUUAAGCUAUUCCACGGAAUCUAUGGCGUAGGCCUUGUUCAGGCUAGAAAAUUCGUGGCCGCGGGAUAUACCACUCUAGAAGAUAUUAAAAAAAAUGCUACACUCACAGAACCCCAAAGAAUUGGAAUCGAACGGUACUCGGAUUUCAAACAGCGAAUACCACGUGAAGAAGUCAAACAGCAUGGAGAUAUCGUAUCAACCGCCUUGAAAACCAUUGAUGAAAAAGUCCAAAGCCAUGUUAUGGGUAGUUACCGACGUGGAGCAAAGGAUUGUGGUGAUAUCGAUAUAAUUCUGACAAAAGAAGGCGCAGGCGUGGAAGAACUUCACGAAGUACUAGAAAAAUUAGUUGAAAAACUAUUCGACCGAAAGUUCUUGAUGUGUGGGUUGGCGAUUGCACGACACGAUGAUGGGACGAAAUGGCAUGGUGCUUCUAGACUUGAGGGCGAAGGUAAACCGUGGCGACGAAUUGACUUUUUGGUGGUCCCGGGAGAGGAGAUUGGUGCUGCUUUCUUGUAUUUUACUGGGAAUGAUGUAUUCAAUCGGAGUAUGAGGCUAUUGGCAUCGAAGAAGGGAAUGCGGUUGAAUCAGAAGGGACUGUAUAAGGAUGUGGUCAGGGGGAAGAAUAGGGAGAAACUGAAUGAGGGAACACUAUUGGAGAGUAAAGAUGAGAAGAAAAUAUUCGAGAUACUCGGUGUUCCAUACCGUCCACCAGAGCACCGCAUUUGCUGA